AUGCAUCGCCGGUCGUUUGGCAGCGCGCCCUCAGGAGGUGGUGGUGCGGCGGCGGCGGCGGCGGGGGGGAAUGGCCUCAAUAUCGGAAUACUGGGGCCGCUCGUGAGCGAGUUGGAUCGUAUGGCGCCGAGUUUUGACAUGAGAGGAGAGGACAUCCGCGUCAUGCGAACGCCUGCCGAGUUCUACGAAACCUUGAAGGGCCGCAUACUCGGCGCCAAACGACGAAUCUUCCUCUCGACUCUCUACAUCGGCAGGACGGAGAAGGAGCUCAUCGGGACGCUGCGGGACGCGCUCUCGCGCAACCCAGACCUGAAGCUGAGCAUACUGACCGACGCGCUGCGCGGCACGAGAGAGGCGCCCGACUCGUCCUGCGCGUCGCUGCUGGCACCGCUCGUUGCGGACUUCGGCGCAGACAGAGUCGAGAUCCGCAUGUACCACACGCCCAACUUGACGGGCUUGCGGAAGAAGUACAUCCCGAGGAGGAUCAACGAGGGCUGGGGCCUGCAGCACAUGAAGCUCUACGGCGUCGACGACGCCAUCAUCAUGUCCGGGGCGAACCUCUCAACCGACUACUUCACCAACCGGCAGGACAGGUACCACCUCUUCUCGUCCACCGAGGUCACGGAGCACUUCUGGCGCAUCCACAGCGCAGUCGCGUCGUUUAGUUUCCUGGUCGAGCCGUCGCGCGGGGACGCCGGGUUCACGCUCUCCUGGCCGGGGACGAACUCCGCGCCGUGCCCCCUCGAGGAUCCGCAGUCCUUCAUCAAGAGCUCGACGCAAACGCUGAGGGCUCUGGUUGCCCCCCCGGCGGGCAAGGCGCCCCGCGCCGACGCCAGCAACACCAGGGUGUACGCGCUGGGGCAGUUCUCCCAGGUCAUGAGGCCGGACGCGUCCACCGAGCUGCCCGUCGUGGCGCACAUCCUCAAAAAGCUCGCCCUGCCCGAGUACCGCGGCUCGUCGUGGACCUUUACCGCCGGCUACUUCAACCCGGCGCCGUCGCUGACCAAGCUCCUCAUCGGCACGGCGUCGACCAACAACACCGUCAUCACGGCCGCGCCUGAAGCAAACGGCUUCUACGGGUCGAGGGGGGUCUCGGGCCUCCUCCCCGACGCGUACGUCCUCCUCGCGCGCCGCUUCCUCGACAGCGUCAGCCGGCACCGUCGCGACGGCGACAUUGCCCUCAGGGAGUGGCGGCUGGGAACGGCGGGCAGCCCCGGCGGGUGGACAUACCACGCCAAGGGCCUCUGGGUGACGAUGCCCGGGGAGACGUCUCCGUCCGUGAGCAUCAUCGGGAGCUCCAACUACACGAGGCGCAGCUACUCGCAUGACUUGGAGGUUGGCGCGCUGGUGGUGACGCGGGACGAAGCGCUCAAGAGGCAGUUGGGCCACGAGCAGAGCUGGUUGCAGGAGCAUUCCAGGAGGGUGACGAGGGACGACUUUGCCAGAAACGAGAGGAGGGUCGGCCUGCAGGUGAGGAUUGCCAUGUGGAUCGUUUCACUGGUGGGUGGUGCAUUAUAG